AUGCAGCAUUGGGAGGGGCGAGGCUCCUGCUCUCUUUCGCUCUCUCUCUCUCACCUCGGGGCCCUCAGGCAGACUUACAUCUGCAAGGUGGGAGCCCCCGUGAACCUCCAAAUCCCAUUCCAGGGAGAGGUCGGUGUGUGGAAUGGGGAGAGGGACUCCGUCCUCUUCAUCCGAGAAGCGCAGCGUGCUGACUCAGGUUGCUACCAGCUGAGUGUGCAGCUGGGUGGGCUGGGGGCCACGGCCACCAUCAACAUCCUGGUGAUCAAGAGGCCAGGCCCUCCCCAGAGUAUCAAGUUGGUUGAUGUUUGGGGCUUCAGCGCUACCCUGGAGUGGACCCCUCCCCAAGACACGGGCAACACGCCCCUUCUGGGAUACACAGUCCAGCGUCUUCUUGGGCCCCCACAGCUGUGGUUCACGGUGCUGGAGCAUUUCCACGGCACCAGCUACACGGUCUGCAACCUCAUCAUCGGCAACUCCUAGGCGUUCUGAGUCUUUGCUGAAAACCAGUGUGGGCUCAGUGAGACCGCCCCGGUCACCUCGGACCUCGCCCACAUCCAGAAAGCAGCUACUAUUUACAAGAUUGAGGAGUUCGCCCAGUGAGAUUUCUCUGAAGCCCCAAAGUUUACUCAGCCACUGGCCGACUGCACCACAAUCACAGGCUCUGACACCCGUCUCUUCUGCUGCGUCCAUGCCUCUCCCAAGCCCAAGAUCGUCUGGCUGAAGAACAAGAUGGACAUCCAAGGUAACCCCAAGUACAGAGCCCUCACUCGCCUGGGGGUCUGCUCUCUGGAUAUCUGAAAGCCUGGCCCCUUCGAUGGGGGCAUCUAUACCUGCAAGGCCAUCAAAGCCCUGGGGGAGGAGGCAUCUGUGGACUGCAGGGUGGAUGUGAAAGAAGGCAGUCGUUCUGUGGUGCGUGAGAAGAGGAGGGGCGAUGACCAGAGACCAAGGCGCGACAGCCACGCUCGUAGCUCCGCUGCCCAGCGCGCCGCCACACUGCGGGACGCGCUCUGCCGGGCGCUCGGGAGCCGAACGCCCCCCGUCGCGGGCACAGCCGGGGGUGCGCAGUCUCACCAAGGAGCCCCAGCCCCUCCGGCUGACUUCCGGCCGGCCGGCCGCUGCAGCCCCGCCUCCCAGGGGCGGGGAAGAUCUGGAUGCACCAAUGACCGCGCGCCUAUGGCAAAAGUGGGUGGAGCCUAG